CACUUCCUCUCCCUCUCACCACAGCGCUUCCCAGCAGCUAGCCACUCCUUUCCGUUCCGGCAUCAGCCUCACACUCUUUUUGAAAAACGCUCAGAGAUCAGCUUGAUCUAUCUCUUGCAUUUUGCCGAUUUGUCCAUUCUCCAAACGCAGGUCUCGUUGAUCCGUCUUUGACCGACUCAAUUUCGUAAGCGCCGAACUCGUCGCCGACUCUCAAUCUUCGCAACUUCGACUUCAACGAUAUCAGACCUUUGAGCCUAUCAACCAAACCACAAAUCAGGCAAAAUGCAGUUCAAGAGCAUCGUCGCCGUCCUGGCCACUGGCCUCUCCUUUGUCGCUGCCGUGGAGCCCGACAGCACAACUACGUCGACCCAGACGCUCACCAAGACGGUCACCAUCACCCAAUGCAACCCGACCGUCACCAACUGCCCCGCCCGCACGUCCACCACCACGACGACCACGACCAGCUGGAGCUUCCCGCUGUACAACUCGACCAGCUCCGUCGGUCCCACUGCCAGCGCCCCCUUCAUCCCCUCCAGCUCCGCCCCUGUCGUCGCCCCCACCGUCAUCCCCUCUUCCGCCGGCGGCCAGGCUCCUUCUGCCAACCCGACGGCCCCGGGCUCCACCGCGAUCCCCACGGGUGGUGCCGGCAGCCUCUUCGUCCAGCCGGCCCUGCUGCUCGGUGCCAUCGGUGCUGGUGUCGCUCUCCUCGCAUAAGCGCGGCGUCUGGCUACGGGACCUGGCCUGGUCUCAUCGGAGCAAGCGGCGGAUAGCGGCCCUGAUCUGGCGUUGACGACUAUACCCUCGACCGUCCCUUUUUUUUGGGUUCUUCGAUUCAAUCAUGUGUCAUAUUACUUAAUUCUCAGGGGACGAGAUGUUUGGAGAUAUUUUUGACAAGUUGAAGGGUUUUUGAAAUGUCAGGGCACGUCAGCGGCAGCUUUCCUUUUCUCGAAACGGGCUACUGGCUGGCAACUUGGACCUUAUAGACAAGAAGCCGCGCCCUUCAAUGGCUCGGUUCUCGGCUUCACGGGCGCGGAAUCUUUACCCGGAGGAUUUUGCAGUUGCUGGGAUUUGACGGGAACUGCAAAUGCUUCGGCACGAAUGAAAAAUGAUCAACCCAG